UUCCUGUGUCUAGGUUACUUUUUCCCAGCUUUUUUAAGUCUAAAUUUUUAAAUUUUCUAGUCAAAAAUGUCAGCAUCAAAUUCAACGUCAACAUUAUCAGGAGCGCCUUCCUUUCCAGACUCUGCAGAGGUGACGGUUUCCUUGACGGAAUCUGGUGAUAAUCCGCCUCAACAACAACAGCAAGUAGUCGUCCAACCGCAGCCGGAAGUAGCUCAAAAGCCGAAAAAUCCGCAUUAUGAGCAAAUUCCAGUUCUGUCAUUUCCACCAAUGAAGAAGCCGCUUGUAGUUGGACAACAAGUUUCUCCUCAACUUGAUCAAAAGGCUUCUCCUGUUCAGACUUCUUCCGCUCAGACUUCUACUCAGACUGAGACUCCUCCAACUUCUCCCAAACCUGCGGAUCCACUAUCUCCUGCAGAACCUUCUCCACGUGUAGAACUUCUUACUAAACCUUCUCCUCAAAAGAUAGUUGUAAAGCCUCAUCCAUUUGGCACUGCUUUUUUCGACAAUACUACAGUUACUGCGUUCGAUUUGAUGCCACAGGAGAUGAGAAGUUCGUUGAGUGGAGAGGACGAUUCGCGAGACAAUGAUUUUGUGGAUACUCCUGAACCGAUUGCUGAAAAUCCUGUAUGGAGGGGUAUGGAGGAGACCAAGAUUGAUCCAAAGUUUGAACCGAAGUAUGCCUAUGUUGUUGACUUGUCUGCUGACCAUCUGCCUCGACAGACCAUAAAGCGAGAAGAGCCAAUAAUACUUCCUAAACGCUUCGAUAAGACCAUAAUUCUUACUACUGGGCUCAUUUCGUCUUUUGUGGUGAUUGGAGUUUUCUUUUUGGUUAGAGGCAAGAAGCGAUAAAGAGAGAAUAAAGAAGAGAAAUGAUUUGGGUGAUCUAUAUAUAAUUUUGUGUGAUCUCUAAAGUAUUUUUUGUGUAUCUAAAUUUGUGUCUGUUGUAUUUAUUGUUCGUUAAAGUAAGGUAAAUUUGUAAGGUAUUGUUUAGUUUUGGGUAUCUCGCGUGAUAAAAUGUGCUGUGUAGUAAACUUAGCCACUUGGAAAGGGGUCGAGGGUUCGAACCCGUUCG